UCCUUUUGUUCCACAAAAAUCCUAUUGUUUCCGAACCCUUUUGCCUUCUCCCUUGCCCUCUCACCUUCCUCUCGAGUCCCGUUACCACCCUCUCCUCCUCCUCCUCCUCUCACCGCUCAAUCUCAGCCCUCCGAUCAGCGAUGGACGACAGCUGUGCGGUCUGCGCCGAAUCCCUCGAGUGGGUCGCGUACGGAUCUUGCGGUCACCGCGACGUUUGCUCGACCUGCGUCGUCCGCCUCCGCUUCGUUCUAGAGGAUCGCCGAUGUUGCAUUUGCAAGACCGAAUCCCCCUCCGUUUUCAUCACCAAGGCAUUGGGUGAUUAUACAAGGAUGAUAAUGGAUUUUUGUGCAUUUCGAUAUUGGUACCAUGAGGGUUCGCAAGCAUAUUUUGAUGAUGUGGAACAUUAUCGGAUGAUAAAGGCAAUGUGUAGGCUUUCUUGCAGCAUUUGUGAUAAGAGCACAGAGGAGCAAGGUAAUGAGAACAUGAGGAGAAGGAACAGAUUCAGACAUAUAGAGCAGUUGAAAGGCCAUCUAUUUCAUCAGCAUCGGAUGUUUAUGUGCAGCCUGUGUUUAGAAGGGAGGAAGAUAUUUAUUUCUGAGCAAAAGUUGUACACCAGAUCACAACUGCAGCAACACAUACACACUGGUGAUUCUGAAGUGGAUGGCUCUGAGAGUGAGCGUGGUGGCUUUAUGGGGCAUCCUAUGUGUGAGUUUUGCAGAAACCCAUUUUAUGGGGAUAAUGAACUAUACAUGCAUAUGUCGACAGAGCAUUAUACAUGUCACAUAUGUCAAAGGCAACAUCCUGGGCAAUAUGACUAUUUUAGAAAUUACGAUGACUUAGAGACCCACUUCCGGCAAGAGCAUUUUCUGUGUGAGGACGAGGCAUGCCUGGCAAAGAAGUUUGUUGUAUUUCAAUCAGAUGCAGAAAUGAAGAGGCAUAAUACAAUUGAACAUGGUGGCCACAUGUCUCGCUCGAAGCGAAAUGCUGCACUUCAGAUACCAACUAGCUUCAGAUAUCGGCGGGGUAAUGAUCAAGAUCAGCGGCGGGGAAGAGGACGAGGUUUUCGUCCCGAUCCAUCUAGCAACGAAUUAUCGACCGCGAUUCAAGCUAGCUUGGAAACAGCAGCUGCAGAUGUCAGGGCUCGUGAAUCUUCUUCUAUUGCUCAACCUGUUAGUGACCCCGGUUCAGAUGCAGCUCCAAGUUCUUUAGCAGCCAACAGGCAAAGCUCUAGAAAUGCUCAUAUUUUGGAUGAAUCUUAUUUCCCUCCUCUAUCAGAUAGAGAGCCACCAGAGCCAUCAUCUCGGUAUGCUCAGGCUCUUAGCCUCAGGAGUUCUGCCAGACUUGGAGAAGAACUGUUUCCACCUCUCCCUGGUGUGAGAGAGAACAACAAAUCCAAACAGGCAGAAGGCUCGGGGAGCAGUACUCUUGCUUCCCGUCUCAAUCGAAAGAAAGGCACUGUGAAGGUUCUUAAUACUGCUCAAACUAAGCCAUCAGGAACUCAGCAUCUCGGUCCAUCUAAUUCUGCAAGUUUUCCUGAGCUUAGACCCAUGAUACAAAAUCAAGGUUCUACGUCAUCCACAACUAAUUCUAAACCACAGGCCAAAGUAAGCAAGGCAGCUAAAGCAUCAAGUUCAGUGAGAGGGAAUGGCUUUUCAACUCCGCCCCCUGGUAAUGUUGCAUGGAACUCGGUCAGCGGAAACAAUAGUAUGAGGCAUUCAUCAUCGGCUCCUAAUCUUGUUGAUGCUCAAAGACCGACUCCAAUAUCUAAUCCCGUUUCUGCUACUGUUGGAAACCAAGUUCUGCCAAGAGUGGAGGAUGUGCACACAGCAAACAAGUCUCUUGUAGAGCGAAUACGCAUUGGGUUAGGGAACGAUGAAGAAAGAUACGCAGCAUUCAGGAGCAUAUCUGCUGAGUACCGUCAAGGCCAAAUGAACACUUGGGAAUACAUUUCUUAUGUUGAGCAGUUUGGUUUGAUGCAUCUCGUGCCUGAGCUUGCUCGGCUCUUGCCUGAUCCUCAGAAACAGAAGGAGCUCAUCGAUGCCUACAACACUAAUGUUCGGAAUCAGGCUGUUCAAGAAAAUGGUGUACUUGAUGCUGGUAGCUCAAGAGAAAGCAAACAACGAAAGAAGAAGGGAAAAGGAAAAGGUAUCGAUCAUGCUGAUUACCCUAAAGGAAAAGAAGAAUUGGCUGAUAAUUUUCUCGAUACAGUAAGGAAACUCCAACUGAAUCAGAAGGCUCAGGGAGAAGAGGUGGAGGUUUUGUUGAAGGAUGGGUAUCGAAAGGCCAACUCCAUUUCUAGCUCGAGUGUGAAUUUGAGCAGUAGCAGUGGAGAAUCGCUUCUUGGUGCUAUGAGCUCUGGUAAAAGCAGUAAACCCCAUGGGAAGACCUCAAAAUUUCAUAGAUCACGUCUCGGUGAUAAUUCACCUGCUGCACUGCUUAAUCUUGGCCGUCCAAAUGCAACUAGCCCCGAACACAGAGUAGAGGAAUCUAGUGACAGACCACCUGAGGGUUUACCAGUUCGAGGAGUUUGGAAGAGCAAUGGUGCACAACAGCUCUUUUCAAAGAAGUAGUUAUAUGAUUUUGUGAAAUUUUUCGUACAAGUGAGAGGGUAAAAAAAAAGUUGGAUGGGUUGAUCUAUACCAGGUUCUAGGCUUUUUGGAGUUUGGCCCCUCACUCUGGGGGCUAAGAAGCUGUGUACUUUUUGUGUAGUGGGUUCUUUUUUUUUUAACAGUGGAAGAGACAUCAGGCAAAUUGUGGAUAUUGCUCAAGGUGUUGGGUUGGGUUUGAAGAAACUUCUGGCAUGAGGCUUGGUACUUAAGCAUAAUGUUUAAAGAAGUAAAUUAUUCUGGAGAAACUUGAAUUGCUGUGAAAUUACUUGUGAAUUGUUCGCAGCCAUGACUUGUUAAAGGCAUGGGUUUUUGAGUCAGAUGAGUAAGAGAUGUUAUAUGAAAUACUUGUUAUUAUCUUAGGACUACGGUCGUAUUUUGUUAAUGGUUGCUGGGGCCCUCGUUCUGUUUGAUUUCUGAUGUAGCUGGCCUCAAUGUUUAUGUCGUUUUUUUUAUUACUGUCGACAUGAUUGUUGUCAA